CCCUAUAUAGGUUAAGUUCUAAAGUUGUCAUUCAAGAUUGACAGCUAUAAAAUAAUAAAUUUCAAUACCAGUUUAAAAUUUCCAAAAAAGGAGUUUUUCUGAGGUUUCUUAAUAAUAUCUUCAUACAUAAUGUCUGGAAACUCUGGAAAAGGAACUUUUCAACCCGACUCAGAUGUUCACAUAUCCUAUGAGGAUCAACAAAAAAUUAACGUUUUUGCACGUUUAAACGCUAAAUUAGAAGACCUAAAGGAUCAAGUUAAAGUCAAAGAGAAUGACCUGAAAAGCAUUGAAGAUGCAUGUGAUGAAAUCUCCCUCUUUGAUGAUGAUGAAAAAAUACCAUAUUUAGUUGGAGAGGUAUUCAUUUUACAGGAUUUAGAAACAACCCAAAAAUGUCUUGAAGAAGCCAAAGAACGUAUAGCGGAAGACAUGGAAGCCCUGAAAUCCAAAUCCGAUGAAAUCAAAGACCAAAUGAGCGAGCUUAAGGCAGACCUAUACGGAAAGUUCGGGAGCCAUAUUAAUCUGGAAGUCGAUGAGUGAUUUAUCUUUUAUUAUAUAUAAGUUUUUAAUUUAAAAUAGCUACAAAUAA